AUGGAAAGGGGAAGAAGUGGGUUGCGAUGGGGUAAGAGGAACAAUCCGGCAAUUUUCUUCAAGACGGAUCUUACAGCCGACGAAGACCUUGAUAUCUGUUCUGAUGAACGAGGUGGAUAUAUAUUGUAG